CAACCCCAUUCCUCUCCGACAUGAUUCCUUGCACACCUCACACCUUCUCCACCAUUCUCCUCCUGCGUGCACCCAUGAGCCUGUGCUCAAACCUCGCCUACCGACAGCCUGCGCUGCUGAUCACUUCUCGUACAUGAUCUCUAACCCUGCCGACAACCUCUCUUAAAGUAAUCGCAUCGCUCCCGGACGCCUCACUUCUUCCCAUUCUGCCCCCUCCAGACCCAAUCGCCGUCGACAACCUCCUGCACGAUUUGCUCAUUCAUUGCGACACCGUCUUACUGCCAGCGGCUUCCUCCUUGCUGUGCGCGGCCCUGCACCACCCUCAACGGCCCACUCCCCAUCCUGUUCUUAACGGCGCUUCCCCUCCCCCUCCUCAACCCAUCCACAUUCAGCGACAAUGGCAGACAUUGAAAAAGCAUUUACAUUCCUCCAGGAUAAUAUUCCGUCAUGGUGUAAUAACCUCUCCGAGAUAGAGGAUAAAGUCACAGGGAUGCAAAAUGCGAUUGCUCGAGUGCCAAUGUCUCGACCGUUUCCAUUGAGGAAAAAGACGGGAUCGGUGGAAUCAAUAAGAGAUUUGGAUGCCAUACUAGAGGAACCUUGCUCAUCGACUGCUGCACAAUCAUCCCCUCUCGCAAAUAGGAAACGAAAGACACCUUCCGCGCUGUCCGGACAUGCAUCUGGGCCAUCCAAGUAUCGGACGAGAACUAUGAUCAUUGUCCACUACGACGGCCAGAUACAGAAGGCGUUUGAGACACUUGUUCGAAAUAUCGGCACCGGCCGGAACAUGCUCAGAAAAGGGAAAAUGGCAGCCAAGAUGGAAGCAUUGGCAGAGCUGGCAGGAUCGGACGACGACGAUGACGACGAAGAAGACCCAGUCAUGUCAAAGAUUGGAUAUCGACGCCGUGCCGGCUUAUCAUCAUUGCGAGCACGAGCAACAAUGCGAGGGAUGGGUGGACCCAACGACAACUCCGCCUCGCCCGAGUUGUUUGACACAACGGAUAAGGCACUAGAGCAAGCGCAAGGUCUAUGUGAGAAAGCGGCUCAUCAAUCGCUUCGCGACGGUGACUGUCGAAAGGAGCUAAGCGGGGUGAGGAGGUACUUCCAAGAAGUCCUCGAAAAGGCUGCCCAAGAAACAGCUAAGUACAAGGCCCGGAAAGAGCAGGAAGCGGCCACGGAAGGGCUGAGGACUGAGACACCUUCAGCCACGAAGAUUGAACCGAAGCCAGCAACCCCGACUGUCCAAUCGAUACCUCCGGUGCCCGCCACAUCGUCAAAGACCACUGACAUCGAGGUCGAUGAUGACGACGAUGACGAUCUUGACUUCGUUAUGCCCCCGAUACGGUUGACAUCUCGAGCAUAAGCCCUUGUUCUCCCUGGUCUUCUUUUUGCGUUCAAGCGAUUUUAUCAUUUACCUCUAUCAGGUCGGCGUUCUGGAGGCAUGGUUGGGCGGGAAAGGAACUGUUGGAGGCUGACGAACUCACGCAAGCUAUGAACACAAUAUCUGCAUAUCAGCACAGCAUUAGCCGCAUUUCGAACACAACAAAACCUCUUACAUACCCUAUUCAAAACUAUUCGUCCAAAAGUAUGGAUAUCUGGAACUUGGAAUUUUGGGAUCUGGAUCUUGGGCUGGAUUCACAACUACGGUCGCUAUCUUGGUCUUUAGCUCCACAGCAUUAUAAUUACUUUCACUUGCUAACAUUCAAUCUAUAAGUUACUUUACCG